CUUUCCUUCAUGGCCAUCCCAGUCCUCCCAGUCCGGACAACGACGCCCGGCGUCUUCAGGCAAUACGGCCAGCAGCAGCCAGUGUCAAUGCAGCAGCGCGUAGGCCCAAAUGUUACAGAUGACUAUGAAAGGUGGUAUACUGAGGCAUCACCCAGCAAUCGUAUGGUCUUGUCCAUACGCUCAGGCAUAAACUCGGAGAUUGCAUGGGCACUGGAUAGGCUGUAUCGAUUAUGUGCAAAUGAUCAAUUCAUCUUGAAAACCAUUCCUGGUCUCACAGACGCACUGUUCGAAUGGCCGGAAUGGUAUGCAACGGAAGGAUACCUAGUGGCAGAGAAGCAUCGACUAUUUGCUAUGCCCGAUGCUGACGACAGAAAACGACGGCAUGCCCUAGAAUCCAUAUUUAUCCUACGCAAUUCGGCCACGAAUGAACCCAAUGCAUACGAGCUAGCUAAUCAUUCCCGAACACUCCCCUUACUCUUCAACACCCUCAGUAACCUCGCUCCAGACACGGACAUGAACGCUGAAUUUGUUCUCAACGCCAUAGAACUUCUGCAGGCCAUAUCCCUGAGCAUUAUUCUGCCAAAUCCCGCUUCAAACCAGAAAGAUCCCCUCCCCACUCUGCUGCAAAUUGCGGGUCACUCAUCGAAUCGCUCCCUUAUCAUCUCAGCCUUGACCCUUUUGGCUCAACUAUUUUCUAACAUUCAAAACACAAGUCGUUUGAACUCAAACUCACCAGCUCUCGCCGCCUCCAUACGUUACUUGCCUUUAUUUGUCGACCGAGCAUUGGUGGACGCUUCAUUGAACUACCUGUAUGCCCAUCUUUCACACCCACCAAUGGUAAAGGCUUUUCUGCACCAUCCUCUCAUGCCAAGCACCCUUCGCGUGCUUGUUAGCUUUCUUCUAUCUGAGCAAGUAGAAGAGACCGUGAAUCUGGAUAUCAGUGCAGUCACUCGCGCCAUCCCAGAAACAACAGUCGCGAUACCCGUCCAUGACCUUACCAAAGAGGAGCUUGAGACCCUGAUUCCCAUGCCUGAACCCCAGCGGUGUUACGAGUGGAUGAAAAUUAUGUUCGUUGCUACACCAGACGGAGAGCUUACUCAAGUCGAUUUUUGGACUCUUUACAAAGAUGCCUUCACGCCCUUUGCGGAUCGCCAUCCCGUCCUAGUUGCAUCAGACGUAAUCAAAAACGUCAAUGUCGUUUUCCCCCAGGCUCAGGCGAUGGUCCUUCCUGGACCGCCACAGCGCUUCGUCGUGCGUGGAGUGGACAGGCGGAAAGAUACAGAAGCUGCUCCUCGCUUUAAGUGUUUGUGGGAGCGCUCCCAGUGUUCAGCUCCACCAUUUGAGGCCCCUGGAGAGCUGUACGACCACCUCCUUGAGCAUUUGGAGUCGUCCGAGAACCCCGAGCCGCCAUGUCUCUGGGCUACAUGUCCCUUGCCACAGACAUCAAAACAGCGACUGCGACCUCAUCUCCUCACCCAUCUAUCAAGCUCCCAACCACCCGCAAAACAUCCUUCUCAAGAUGACACGAUCACCGUCACCGCCGACGGAGAAUCUUACCCCUUCACAGACCCCACAAAGCGGCUGCCCCCUCCUCCACGGCAAACGAGCAUUUCUUACACCCGACCAGUCGCCGAUCCUCCUUCAGCUGCACUUACCGCGCUGCUCAUCAUCCGCAUCCUCUUCCGUUCGUCGUUUGUCGCCACCACGGACACUGCCCCCCGUGCGGAUCGUGAUCACUUUGGGUUUCCUGGCGUUGUGGAAGACGACGAGGGCGACGAUGUGGUGGAGGAUAUUGGCGGCGAGCUGGAGGGCGAGCGGAGGGGGCGACGGGCAUUUGUGGGUGUUAAGAGAAUGAUGGAGGAUGUACGGAUGAAAGAUGAGACGUUGAUGAGUUGGAUAGUAGAGAUGGUUUAUGCGGCGUACGAUGGACUAUUUAGGUCGUAGUGCUGUCGUGGUGUAUGCCCGGGAAGUUGCCCUGUGACUGUUUCGCGCAUAAAUAUCAUGAGCGUUCAUAAAUAGCUGCGCAUCAUCCCCACACCCACCAUUGUACAGUAUCGACGCGAGAGACUACAUAUUGUCUUUUCGCCAUUGUACAGGUAUUCAUGAAUGCACCGCGAAGCUCUUGGACCAUUAGCUCAAGAUAUGUGACUAUCGUCAAUAAACUAUUCCAGGGUCUCA